AUGCGUGGACUAGGUCGCGCGACCUGCAAGGAACAAACCAGGGAUGAGCUCCUGGAGGCCGUGCGGGCGGAGCGGGCGGCUCGUAGCGGAGUUAAACAGCGAGCCCGGUCUGCGGGGGUGAUACAGCGGUUCUGGAGGGGAUAUCGUGCCCGGAGGCACCUGAGGGAGAUGCUGAUUUCGGAGUGGGCAAUGUCGUACGGCCCCAUGGUUGCAGUACAGGAGGCGCGACUCAGCGGUCGGGAUGUGGCAGACAAGCUCCUACCGCCCCUGCUAUACCUGUUAAGGCCACAACCAGCGGCGGCGGCGGCGGCAGCAGCAGCGGCUGCGCAAAGGGACAGCCGUGGCUCCACGGCUGCAACAGCCAAUGACGACGCGGUGCUACUGCCGCCCCAGGGCAGUCCCUUGUCCAACAUGAUUCGCGGGUCCCUGGCGCUGUUACUACGCACAUGCAGCGCGAGCGACCCGCGGGACAGUUAUCUGGCUAUAGCGCUGGAGGGCGACGAGGCGCGGCGGGUCGCCUGGCGAGACCAAGCUUGGCGGCUGCUGUGCACCUGCUGCCGGCUGGUGGCGGCGCCUAGGGGCGUUACGACACCGCCACAACCGCCGCAACCGCCACAACCACCAUCAUCACUAUCCGCCACAGGAUCACCGCGGGUCCAGCACCCUCAGCAGCAGCACCCUCAAGGUCAAAGUCACGGCGGCAGUAAUGCGGCCGCAGCCGGGGGGCCGUCUGCGGCUCCUUGUGGCGUUGGCAGCGGUGUUGGUGACCCGGUGGUAGAUGCUGCGGCUAUUCGGGUGGCGGUGCUGCUCACGGACUCCGGGACGUGGAAGUGCUUGGGGCAGGGACAGGGGGGAGGAGGGGGACCGGCAGCAACCACUGGCGGCAGUAGCAGCAGCGCAGGAGGCGGAUGUGGCGGCAGUAGCGGCAUUUCGGAGCGUGUCGCCGCCGCGGAGGCCGCUACUGCCCACUUCCGCAGCCGUCUGGUACAACAACCCCACAGCCUCUUCGCCGCACUGGCGCGCCUCCUAGCAGCAAGACGGCAAGCACAGCAGCAGCAGGACGGCGGCGGCAGCAGCACUGCCGCCACGGCAUCACCGGCAGUAGCCGGGCAGCAGCAACAACAACUAUCGCGAUUACUGGGCUUGGCGCUGGCGGUGUUGCGGUCGGCACUGGUCCCAGAUCUCAACCCGCCGGGAAAAGCGGAUCCGGAUCCAUCACCAAAAAAGGUGCCUCCCCCACCCCCGGCAUCUGAACUGAAUCGUGAAGGGAGCCCGCCUGGGUGCCUUGCGGUGUGUUGGUGGUGUGGUCGUGUGAUCUGUUUUGAAAAACACCGGGAUGUGGAUGUGGGUGCCUUGCAGGUCCGCUUCCGAAGCUCGGGGGCCUUUGCCUGCCUGUGUCGCUCGGUACGACAGCAGUUGGACGAGCGUACGGUGGGAGACGCCACAGCGGCCGCCUGGUGCCUCGCCAAUCUGCUACAGCUGUUGCUGGGACCGCACAUGCACUCAGUGGGGGGUACAGCAACAGCAGCAGCAGCAGGGGGAGGAGGAGGGGGUCGCGGGUUUGUGGGUGUUUUGUCUCCCCCUCCAGACUCGUUUUGGGGUGCGGGUGGGGAGGUGGCUUCGGAGCUGGCUGCCACUGCUGCAGCGCUGAUGGAGCACAUAAUGGCCCGGGGGAGGUUGUACGGCAGCCCGGAGCUGGCGGCUGCGGUUUCGGGGCUGUGGCCCCUGGCGCAACGAGGCUUGCUGGUGCCCAUGCUGGCGGCGCUGGAGUCCCGACCCGGCGGCGUGGAGUCGUACACUGACAUGUGCUGCGCUGCCAUGGAGCUGAUGCCUCGUGACAGUCUGAGUGCCGCGUUUUCAGAGAAGGGCAUCCGGGCAGCAGACGUGCCCGGCCUGCUGAAUACCCUGGCCUUCUCCCCCGGCUUGCUCCCCCGGCUGUGGCGGUGGCUGUGUUUCGCUGUCCACCUUCCCCUGUCAUGCCCCGCGGGGGCCACCCGGUGCCUGGACGUGGCCGCACUGGCGGGGGGGGUAUACGCCCAGCUGCUGCUGGUGCUGGAUGACGGGGAGUUCUACGAGCUGCAGCAGCCCCUGGAGCUCAGUGCGGCCCGGGCGGUGGGCACCUGCCUGAACUCGCUGGUGUUCCAUACCUACCUGCCCAAGCUACCCUCGGACGGCGCCCGGGCGGCCCCCGGCCCCGGCCCCGCCCUCGGCCCCGGGGACCCGGACUUUGCGCUGCUGCUAGAGUGGGCGCCCCGCCUGCUGCGUGCGCUGUACGAGCGAGAUGUACGACGUCCGUACUGUCAGUCGUUGCUCUGGCUGGCGCCGUACAGGGAGAUGUUUGGCUCUUCGGACGAGCAGCCGGGGCCGCCGCCACCCCCGCGACCAAAUCACGACGUCGAUGACCCCUUCGCCGCCGCCGCUGCCGCCGCCGCCGCCGCCGCACCGGACCCCGCGGAUGCCCGCAUCGGGCCCUUCACCGCGGGCACGGUACUACAAGCCCUUAUGUACAGCGCUGGUGCCGGUGGCGCUGGCAGAGAUGACGAAGAUGAGGACGGUGGUGCCGCCAGCGGCAGCGGCGGCGGCGGUACCGCGCCUGCUUUGCAGCCCCAAGUAUGUAUGUGUAUGUUAUGUAGUGAAUCUGUUCCCUUCCCCCGUCGCGUGGACCUGCUCCGAGCCGUGCUGGCGGAGGACAAGAGGAGGGGGAGUGAGGCGGGACUGGACUUCGGGGGCCUCCAGAAGGAGCUUCUGGAGAGGGUGGUAUCUGCAGGCCUGGACGCAAACUACGGUUUGUUUACCUCGACACCCGACGGCCUCAUCUACCCGAACCCGGCGGCUGAGAGACUCGAUGGCGGCCUGGCGCUGCUUGAGUUCAUGGGCCUUAUGUUUGGCAAGGCGCUGUAUGAGGGCAUUCUGUUGCCGGUGCCUCUGGCUCACUUCUUCAUCUCCAGGUUGCAGUUGUUAACUGCCGUCAGACCUCCGGGUCGUCAGCCCCUGUUUGACGACUUGGCCUCCCUGGACCCGGAGCUGCACAAGAACCUGCUCAUGGUGAAGCGUUACGAGGGUGACGUGGCCGACCUGGGUUUGACCUUCAGCGCGGACACGGACUACCUGGGCUGUCCGGCUCAUCACGAGCUGCUGACUGGCCGGGGGGACAUGCCCGUGACCAACGAGUCCCGGCUGUUGUACUGCCAUCUACUGGCGGACUGGCAUCUCAACGGCAAGUUGGGGGCACCCACCGCCGCAUUCACAAGGGGACUGCUCAGCCUCAUACCGCAGGGCUGUACUGCGCAGUACACGGCAGCUGUCUCCCAGCGGCGCAGUCAGUUAGGAUAUCCGUCGGCCUCUCUGCGCCUCUUCAACCCUCGGGAGUUCAAUCAGCUUCUAUCCGGGGCGGCGGCGGAUGGUCCAGGGGGGGGCGGCGGCGCGGCCCCUCUAGACGUAGCGGACAUGCGGCGGUGGACCCGCUACAGCGGCGGCUACAGCCCGGACUCCACCACCGUCAAGUUGUUUUGGCGGGUGGUGGCGGAGCUCACCCCCAACCAGCAGUCGGCGCUGCUGCGCUUUGUGACCAGCUGCAGCCGACCCCCGCUGGGGGGCUUCCGCUACUUGCAGCCGCCGCUGACUGUCCACAAGGUGGAGUGCGAGGCUGGACUGUUCGCCGCCCUGGGGGGCCGCGACGUGGACCGCCUGCCCUCCGCUUCCACCUGCUAUAACAUGCUCAAGCUGCCCAACUACCGGCGAGCCUCCACCCUCAAGGCCAAGCUGCUGUACUCCAUCACCUCGGGAGCGGGUUUCGAACUGUCGUACGGACACCCGAUGUCUGGUCGAUUCCCCCGGCUGCGUCUACCUUCAAGCCUGCCGACCUAG